UUUAAACCGUAGUUAAAUAUUUUUGGUUGUCUAAAUUAUGAGUGAGACACGUCCUCCACUUUUUCAUUCCUCCCCAAAAAUGAAUGAGUGUCAAAACAUUUAAACCCAAACAUCAACAUUACCAUCAAGAUCAAUCACUAAUCAUCCCACAUCAGGCACAAUGGUAUCGUUGAAAUCAUUCAUCAAGUCCGUACGUAAGGCCAAGACCAUCGCUGAUGAACGUGCUGUGGUUAGGAAAGAAUCGGCUGCGAUUAGAACUUCAUUUCGUGAUGUUGGUUUAGAUCAAAAUACAAGACGAAUCAAUAUAUCUAAAUUAUUAUAUCUUUAUAUUAUGGGUGAAAAGACUCAUUUUGGUCAAGUUGAAUGUUUGAAAUUAUUAGCUUCUCCUCGAUUCGUUGAUAAACGAUUGGGAUAUUUGGCUGCUAUGUUAUUAUUAGAUGAAAAUCAAGAAGUUUUAACUCUUUUGACGAAUUCUUUAGAUAAUGAUAUGCAACAUCCUAAUGCUUAUAUUGUAGGGUUGGCUUUAAGUUGUCUUGGGAAUAUCGCAAGUCCGGAAUUAGCCCGUGAUUUAUAUACCAAUGUUGAAACCAUCAUCACUAGUAAUAAUGUUUAUUUAAAGAAGAAAGCUUGUAUUGUGGCCGCAAAAUUAAUUGAAAAGGAUCCUGAUUUAUCAGAAUUCUUCAUUACUAGAAUCCCAGCUUUAAUUAAUGAUAAAUCUCCAAGUAUCUUAUUAGGUACCAUUAGAUUAAUCGAAUCAAUUUAUAUUAAUAAUGAAGAAGAUCGUCCCCAAUUAAUCAAAUUAAUCCCUGUUAUUAUCGAUCAUUUAAAAAGAGUCACUACUACCGGUUAUAUGCCAGAUUAUGACGUUGGUGGAAUCAGUGAUCCAUUCUUACAAGUGAACCUUUUGAUUAUAUUAAGAGUGUUAGCCAAUGGUGAUGGUCAACGAUUAUAUUCUGAUCAAAUUAAUGAUAUUUUAACUCAAGUUGCAUCUAAUUUAGAAAGUGGAAAAAAUCCUGCUAAUGCCAUUUUAUAUGAAUGUGUUAAAACUAUCUUUACCAUUGAAUCUGAUCAAUCUUUGAAAAUCUUGGGUGUUAAUUUAUUAGGUAAAUUCUUAGCUUCAAAAGAUAAUAACACAAGAUAUGUCGCUUUGGAUACAUUGUUAUCCGUGAUAAAUAUUGAACCAUUAGCCGUUCAAAGACAUAGAUCUACCAUUGUUAGUUGUUUAUCAGAUGGAGAUAUUUCCAUCAGAAGAAGAGCUUUGGAAUUAUCAUUUGCUAUUUUAAAUGAACAAAAUAUUAGAGUAUUAGUAAGGGAAAUCUUAACCUUUUUAGAAACAUCUAAUGAUAAUGAAUUAAAAUCUUAUGUUACUUCCCAAUUAACUAUUGCUGCCAAUAAAUUCAGUCCAAAUGAUAAAUGGCAUUUCGAUACUUUGAUUAGAAUGUUAAAAGUAGCCGGAAAUUUCGUUACUUCAGAUAUAAUCUCAAAUAUUUUAGCCUUGAUUUUACAAUGCAAUGAUGUGGAAUUAAAAAGACAUAUCAUAUCUAAAUUAUUAGCUUCAAGUUUAGAAGAUUCAACUCAAUUUGGAUUAUCAAUCAUUACUAUUUGGUCUAUUGGUGAAUAUGCUGAUUUGAUUUUAAAUCAAACAAUUGAAAUUAAUGAAAAGACAUCCAAAGUGGUUACUGAAGGAUUAAUCUUGGAAUUGAUUGAUGAUUUAAUCAAUAAUACUACUUAUUCAAAUCAAGAAACAACUCAAUUAGUCACUUAUAUCUUAACUGCUAUUAUUAAAUUAUCGAUUAAAUUUAAAGAUUCAAAUUCAAUUGAAAAAUUAAGAUUAGUAUUAAAUGCUAGAACUUAUGAUAAUAAUUUAGAAAUUCAAAUUAGAGCUUUAGAAUAUCAAGAAAUCUUUGCUCAAGAUGCACAAUUAAAAAGAGGUUUAUUAGCUAGAAUGCCUGCUCCACCUUUAAAAGAACGUCAAAAUCUUUCCUUACAUACCGGUAAAUCCAAGAAGCCUACCAAUGGAACAAGUUCAUCAUCUGUCAUGGCUUCUGGUUCUGCUGGUGGUGAUGAUUUAUUAUUGGAUCUUUUGGAUGAUAAUAAUAUUGCCACUGCUACUAAUUCAACUAAUCAAAAUGAAUUAUUAUCCGAUAUAUUUGGUGGUAAAGGAAAUGGUAAUGGCAAUGGUAAUGCUAGUGCAUCAACUAGUGAUAGUGCUGCUUCUAAUAACGCUGCUAUUCUUGAUUUAUUCAAUAAACCAUCAUCUGCAUCUUCUACCACCUCAUCCAUUGCACCAUCCUCUGCCAUUGAUGCUUACUCUAACGCUAAUGUAAAAGUGUUAUUCAACCCUAAAUCAUUCCCUCAAAAUGGUACUGCUAUACUUGAAGGUAUAAUAGAAUCGAAAGAAUCUGCAUCAACCCUUGAUCAAGUUCAAUUACUUAUAGCGGUUCCAAAAUCUCAAAAGUUAACCAUAACAUCCACAUCAGGAGAUAGUAUUAAUCCUGGUCAAUCCAUAAAACAAACUUUAAAACUUGCAGGUAAAGAAGGAUCUAAAAUCAAAUUAAGAGUUAAAAUCAGAUAUGCUUUGAAUAAUGAUAUCAUAGAAGAGCAGUUCGACUUUGCUGGUUUUGCUAACACUUUAUAGAUUGUUUGAGAGCUUAAUAUAUAAACCAUCCCUAGUAGUAAGAAUUAUUUUUGUAGUUCGCGAUACUUUAAUUUGCGACCAUCCCUUCCCCCAAGAUUGCUCCCCACCAAACGUGAGUUGUGGUUUGCAUCCAAAACAAAAAAUAUAUCAAUUAUACACGUAAAAAA